UGCCAGGCCUGAGAGAUGGAAAAUAAUGGAGCUUGAUCUCUUUCUAUCGCCUCUCGUCGGAAAGAGUGCCAAUCUGAAGUUUCUUUUUGGCCCAGUGGUAAUUUUGUCUUGUUGCUCAGCUACGGCGAAAGAAAGCUGCGAUACAGGUCCGCAUCAAGGAAGUAAUGAUUCGCUAAACUUGUUAGAAAACGAAGAAACUGCCCAUGUUGAGAAAACAAGAAAGGGCAUAGAAAGAGAGAAUGAGGAAAAUUUCUUGUAUUGGUUGGGUAUCAUCAAAAUGUGUUUAUUUUGAGGCGCAGUGCUCCUUCUGCCGCC